CGCCGCUCCGACCGACGUGCAACUGAUUUCUGGAUGAUUCUCUGAUGAGCCGACGGGCAGAAACGCAUAAAGCACUGAUGAAAUAAGUAUUCUUUAAGAUGCUCCAGGUUUGCCCGGCGACAGAGGAGUGACGCGUCUCUGGGGAAGCUCACCCACCAAUGGGCUGCCAGUCUGUCUCUGCAGUCAUGGACGAGCAGGCGCUGCUGGGGCUCGACCCCAACGCAGACGCCCCCAACAGGCAGCGGGCCAUGGCUUACUUCGAGCAGCUGAAGGCGUCCCAGGACGCGUGGGAGGUUUGUGCCGACGCCCUCGCCAAUGCGCUCUACAGCGACGACCACGUCAAAUUCUUCUGCUUCCAAGUUCUGGAGCAUCACAUCAAGUUCAGACAUGCUGGUCUGAGGUCAGCCCAGCAGCAGCUGAUCAGAAAGACCCUGAUGAAGUGGCUCCAGGUUCAGCUGAUGAGCGCCCAGCCGGAGAAGCCCUUCAUCAGGAACAAGGCGGCCCAGGUGUUCGCCCUCACCUUCAUCGUGGAGUACCUGACGCUGUGGCCCAAGUUCUUCCUGGACAUCCUGUCCCUGGUGGGCCUGAACCCCCACGGCGUGGACAUCUACCUGAGGACCCUCAUGGCCAUCGACGCCGAGGUGGUGGACCGGGACAUCCUGCACCUGCCCGACGAGACCCGGAGGAACACGCUCAUCAAGGACCGCAUGCGGGAGCAGUGCAUCCCCCACCUGGUGGAGUCCUGGUUCCACAUCCUGCAGACAUACCAGCAGGCCCAGCCAGAGCUCACCUGCCAGUGUCUGGAGGUGGUGGGGGCCUUCGUGUCCUGGAUCGACCUCCACCUCAUCGCCAACGACCGCUUUGUGAACCUGCUGCUCAGCCAGAUGUCGGUGCAGGAGCUCCGAGAGGAGGCCUGUGACUGCCUGUUUGAAAUGGUGAACAAGGGGAUGGACCCCGUGGACAAGACCAAGCUUGUGGAGUCUCUGUGCUCGGUGUUGCAGGCGGCCGGCUUCUUCAACGUGGAGCAGGAGGAGGACGUGGACUUCCUGGCCAAGUUCUCCCGGCUGGUGAACGGGAUGGGUCAGGCUCUGGUUCUGAGCUGGACCCGGCUGGCCAAGGCCGGCCAGGCGGAGGAGGCGGAGCUAGCGCUGCAGGCCGUGGAGAACAAGGUGGGGCUGCUGUUGCAGCUGCUGGUGCACGAGGACGACGACAUCUCCGCCAACAGCGUGGGCUUCUGCUACGAGUACCUGCACGUCCUCAAGCAGCUUCCUCAACUCAGCGACCAGCAGAGGACCAACAUCGAGGCCGUCAUGCUGGCUGUCAUGAAGAAACUGACCUACGACGACGAGUACAACUUUGAGAACGAGGGUGAAGACGAGGCCAUGUUCGUGGAGUACAGGAAGCAGCUGAAGAUGCUGUUGGACCGACUGGCUCAAGUUUCUCCGGAGCUGCUGCUGGAGGCCGUACAGCGAGUCUUCAACAGCACCAUGCAGACCUGGCAGACCUCGGCCUUCAUGGAGGUGGAGGUGGCGGUGCGGCUGCUCUACAUGCUCGGUGAAGCUCUGCCGGCAUCGCACGGCGCUCAUUUCACCGGAGACACGGCGAAGACCAGCGCCCUGCAGGACAUGAUGAGGACGCUGGUGUCCUGCGGUGUCAGCAGCUUCCAGCACUGCUCCGUCUCUCUGGAGUUCUUCGAGACCGUCGUGAGAUACGACAAGUUCUUCCUGGUGGAGCCGCAGCACAUCCCCAACGUGCUGAUGGCGUUUCUGGACCAGCGAGGACUGAGAAACAACAGCCCAAAGGUCCGCAGCAGAGUCGCCUACCUGUUCUCCAGAUUCAUCAAGACGCUGCAUAAACACAUGACGGCCUUCAUCGAGGACAUCCUGACCAGGAUCCAGGACCUGCUGGAACUGGCUCCUCCCGACAACGGCUUCCCGGCGCUGCUGACCAGCGACGACCAGCUGUUCAUGUUCGAGGCGGCCGGCGUGCUGAUCGUGAACGCCGAGAGUCCGGCAGAGCGGAAGCAGGCGCUGAUGAGAAGCCUCCUGCUGCCGCUGACCGACGCCUUCCGCCUGCUGCUCGCCAAGCUGCCGCUGGAGGCGCCGGACGAGAGGCAGGCCGCGCUCGCCGACUGCCUGAGCCACGCCGUCGGGUUCGCCAGCCGGACCAGCAAGGCGUUCAGCAACAAGCAGACGGUGAAGCAGUGCGGCUGCACCGAGGUCUACAGAGACUGCCUGCAGACCUUCCUGCCCGCGCUGAGCUGUCCCGUCCAGCGGGGGGCGCUGCACAGCUCCGUGCGCUCCUUCCUGCACCGCAUGAUCAUCUGCAUGGAGGAGGAGGUGCUGCCCUUCCUCCCCGCCGCCUCCCAGCACAUGCUGAAGGACUGCGAGGCCAAAGACCUGCAGGAGUUCAUCCCGCUCAUCAGCCAGAUCGCCGCCAAGUUCAAGCAGCAGGUGUCGCCCUUCCUCCAGCAGGUCUUCAUGCCGCUCGUGCUCGCCAUCUUCGGCGUGUUGGCGCGGCCGGCGGAGGACAACGACCAGGCGGCGGCGCUGGAGAAGCAGAUGCUGAGGAGGAGCUACUUCACCUUCAUCCAGACGGUCGCAGGGAGCGGGAUGAACGAGGUGAUGGCCAACCAGGGAGCGGAGAACAUCGAGCGCGUGGUGUUCACCAUCAUCCAGGGAGCCGUGGACUUCCCCGACCCCAUCGCCCAGAAGACCUGCUUCCUGGUUCUGUCCAAGCUGGUGGAGCUGUGGGGCGGUAAAGACGGCAUGGUGGGGUUCCCAGACUUUGUCUACAAGCACAUUGUUCCUGCUUGUUUUCUGGCGCCUCUCAAACCGACCUUUGACCUCUCGGACGCUCAGACGCUGCUGACGCUGUCUGAAGUUUCUCUCACGCUGAAGAUGAUUCAUCUCAAACGGGGGCCGGAGUUCAUCCACUUCCUGCAGCAGGAGUAUCUCCCGUCGCUGCAGGUGUCGCCAGAGAUCUCUCAGGAGCUGGCUCAGGUGCUCCAGCAGCCGGACCUCAAGGUGCUGAAGAGCUACAUGAAGGCGUUCUUUCAGCGAGCCCGGCUGUAGCCACAGGAAGUGGAGGUACACAGGAAGUGGCCGCACACGCCGCUAACAACACAACAGAGACGUAGCGUAGGAGCUGCUUUACACUGACCAGUGAACGCAUCACGAUGUCUGUCCGGCGCUCGGUGGACCGAAGACGAGCUGGCGAGGAGCGAAGAGGGAACCGGGUUCUGCUAACAGCAAAUCCGACCCACACGGGCCGGGAAACCGGUCAGAACCGGUUUCUUCUGCUCAAUGUGGCUUUGAUUUCAAGUUUGAAGUGAAACGUCUUAAAACUACUUAAAGACUCCUUGUUACGCUCACCUUUCAGCCCUUAUGGUGCGUUCAAAGACCCGAUGGAGACGCUCACCUUUCAGCCCUUAUGGUGCGUUCAAAGACCCGAUGGAGACGCUCACCUUUCAGCCCUUAUGUUGUGUUCAAAGACCCGAUUGAGACGCUUACCUUUCAGCCCUUAUGGUGCGUUCAAAGACCCGAUGGAGACGCUCACCUUUCAGCCCUUACGGUGCUGACCCGAUGGAGACGCUCACCUUUCAGCCCUUACGGUGCUGACCCGAUGGAGACGCUCACCUUUCAGCCCUUACGGUGCUGACCCGAUGGAGACGCUCACCUUUCAGCCCUUACGGUGCUGACCCGAUGGAGACGCUCACCUUUCAGCCCUUUCGUGUUGUGUUCAAAGACCUGAUGGACUGACCGUAUAUUUUUAAUCUCAGAUGUAUAUAAGAUGUUGAAAGUGUAAAUAAGUCUGAGGUUUACUUUUUAAUUCUUCAUUCCUCAUGAAGAUGAAGAUGGAAUCAUCGCUGCCAGAAAAUUAAGAAACAAAUCCAAGUACUCAUGAAGAUGACCUCAUCGAUGUACUCAUGAAGAUGACCUCAUCGAUGUACUCAUGAAGAUGACCUCAUCGAUGUACUCAUGAAGAUGACCUCAUCGAUGUACUCAUGAAGAUGACCUCAUCGAUGAGGUCAUCCUUGGUUCAGUGUGAUUUGACGUGUGAACCGUAAAGUGCUAAAUUUACACGAAUUAUACGAAACUCCUGACUGAUUUUUAGUUUUCAUGCUUUGAUCUCAUUCUGGCGCCUCGUGAGUAUUUAUUCAUGUUGUAUUCAGUAUCUCAUCAUUUGUUUUGUUUUAAAUGUUAAAUUUGAUUUGGGAGAUUUUAAGUUGAGUUUUCUCGGCUUCCAUCAAAACUGAAUUUGUGUUUGGAAGCGAUUUAUUCUUUGUUAAUAACGAACUAACUUGUAAAAAGUCCCGAAAACACAAGAAUAAAACAAAGUUAAAAUCUC